GGAGGCGGGAAGAUCGAGGCACUUCCGCUAGCCGCUGGCUCGUUGGCAGCUGCUCGAGACGACGGCGGGAGCGGAGGGAUCGCGCGGCCCGGGGCCUCGCAUUCCCCGGCCCCCCUCCGCCCCACGCGGCCCGGACCAUGGUUGCCAGGUGGUGGGCAGUGGCGUUGCUGGUUGCUCUCCCCUCCCUGGGUGCAGGUGGGGAUACCCCCGAAGCCCCUCCGGAAUCAUGGACCCAGCUAUGGUUCUUCCGCUUUUUGGUGAAUGCUGCUGGCUAUGCCAGCUUUAUGGUACCUGGCUACCUGCUGGUGCAGUACUUCAAGAGGAGGAACUACCUGGAGACAGGCAGGGGUCUCUGCUUCCCUCUGGUGAAAGCUUGUGUGUUUGGCAAUGAGCCCAAGGCCUCCGAUGAGGUCCCCCUGGCUUCCCGGACAGAGCCAGCGGAGACCACUCCCACCUGGCAGGCCCUGAAGCUGCUCUUCUGUGCGGUGGGACUCCAGGCAUCUUACCUGACUUGGGGAGUGCUGCAGGAAAGAGUGAUGACCCGGAGCUAUGGAGCUACAGCCACGUGGGCAGGUGAGCGCUUCACAGACUCUCAGUUCCUGGUGCUAAUGAACCGAGUGCUGGCCCUGAUCGUGGCUGGCCUCUACUGCCUUCUCUGCAAACAGCCCCGACAUGGCGCACCCAUGUAUCGGUACUCCUUUGCCAGCCUGUCAAAUGUGCUUAGCAGCUGGUGCCAAUAUGAAGCUCUCAAGUUUGUCAGCUUCCCCACCCAGGUGCUGGCCAAGGCCUCUAAGGUGAUCCCUGUCAUGCUGAUGGGAAAGUUGGUGUCUCGGCGCAGCUACGAACACUGGGAAUACCUGACAGCUGGCCUCAUUUCCAUUGGGGUCAGCAUGUUUCUGCUGUCCAGUGGACCAGAGCCCCGAAGCUCCCCAGCCACCACACUCUCAGGCCUGAUCCUGUUGGCAGGCUACAUUGCCUUUGACAGCUUCACCUCAAACUGGCAGGAUGCCCUGUUUGCCUAUAAGAUGUCCUCAGUGCAGAUGAUGUUUGGGGUCAACUUCUUCUCCUGCCUCUUCACAGUGGGCUCCCUGCUAGAGCAGGGGGCCCUCCUGGAGGGGACCCGCUUUAUGGGGAGACACAGCGAGUUUGCUGCACAUGCCCUGCUGCUCUCCAUCUGCUCUGCAUGUGGCCAGCUCUUCAUCUUCUACACCAUUGGACAGUUUGGGGCUGCAGUCUUCACCAUCAUCAUGACUCUCCGCCAGGCCUUUGCCAUUCUCCUCUCCUGCCUCCUCUAUGGCCACACCAUCACUGUGGUGGGUGGGCUGGGGGUAGCUGUGGUCUUUGCUGCCCUCCUGCUCAGAGUCUACGCCCGGGGCCGUUUAAAGCAACGGGGAAAGAAGGCUGUGCCCAUUGAGUCCCCUGUGCAGAAGGUUUGAGGGAUCUGAGGCAAAAUGAAGACCCUUUAAUUGUACUUUACCACAUCGUUUUCCCACUUCUACUGUAAUUUAUCAGAGGCAACCAGUGCAGGCAUUUUCUCCGUAUCGCAAACCAGCUCUGCAGUUAAGGAUACGGAGACCAGGAGGCAGCCUUCCCUUCUGCCUUAAGUCACCAGUGUUCUACGAGGCACAAUUCUUGAGCCCCAGGGUAGAGGUACCUUCCAGUGUUUCCCCCUGAAGUUCCCUGGUCUUGCCCAUUGGCACUGCUACCAAACUCAUCUGUGCUUGUCACCUGCCCCAAAUACACACCCUUUUAUUAGACUUCCCUCCCAGACCUACAUUUGGUGGCUGUAGGCAGUAUGCUGCUCUCCUAGGAUAAAUGAAAGCUGGUGCUGUGCUAGGGGAAGGGGAGAGCCGUACCCAGCAACACCACCUUCUGUGCUCCUGGAUCCCUGGGCUCUGCUCCAUGAGCCAGUUGCAGGUUUUGGUACCUUGGAAGUGUAACUUUCUGCUCUCAUAAUCUUAUUUUAUUAAAUUGCUUCAAUAGGCUUG